UGACGUUUUACGCAUGCAGGUUAGCUACAUUUGUAAAGUUCAUAGUAUUGUUCCCAUACAGACGAUCAAAAACAACAUAUUUGAUUAAAGCUGACGCAGCUGUCCGCCACCAUGGUGAAACCUGUGAAGAGGCGCCAGGCUUCCACCAUCAUGGUGCAGCAAUUAUGGGAAGGAAUACGAACCAUCAAACAUCACAAACAGGUCCCGAACAUGGAACGUCUGGCUCGCUACAUGGAGAGGGAAUAUGACACGCGGCCCUCUGAAACAGCCAAUCAGCUUCACUUUGCUGUGAUGGACGAGCUGGUUAAGUCGUACAAGGCAGUGGGGAAGAAGGGAUCACGAGUUGGAGUGGAACAGGAGGGGUUUAAGCUGCCGGAGACAGAUGAUAUGCAAAAAGAUGGUCAUGAUUGGUACUGCUUUAAUUGCCACAAAACAGGAGAAGUUUUGCUCUGCGAUAAUUGUUGGAGGGUUUUUCACCCUUCUUGUACUGAAGAGGACUACAGUGGAGUUCGAUUUGUUUGUGCCAUAUGCAAGGAAGACGAGGCUGGAAGAAAGAGGAGCAAAUUAAAGAGGAAAGAAUUGAAUCAGUUGUUGUCUUUUACUGCCUUGAGGUUGAAGGAAAAGACUCGUGAGCUCCACCGUAUGGGGACCAAGGAGGACGAGGAGAAGUUUGAGCUGUUGCUGUACAGUCCCAUGGACCUGAGUCGUAUGGAGGACAAGGUGCAACAGCAGGACUACAACUUUGUGGAGGAGUUCCAGGCUGAUGCCGAGAAUGUGCUGCAUAAUGUGGUCUUGUGUUAUGGGGAGUAUCAUGGUAUGUCUGAUCUGGCACGCAUCAUGGUGAAAGACUGUAUUUAUGAUUUGGAAGAAGUGAAACGUUGCAGCGACUGUUAUAAGAUGAGCAAUUUGAAGCCCAAAGAUUGGUUUUGCCGACCCUGUAACCCCCCUCAUGACAUUGUAUGGGCCAAACAGAAAGGCUACAGCUACUGGCCUGCCAAAGUAAUACGUGUGGUGGACAAUAACUAUGACGUCAGAUUCUUUGGAGCUUUCCAUCAAAGGGCUACGCUCCCUGAAACCUCUAUCAAACCCAUUGAGGUCAGCGUCAGCACACUUGGCAUUAAGAAAACACCAGGUUUUGUAAAAUCAUGUCACGAACUUGAAAGGUACCAAAAGAUUUUGGAAAAGUUUAAAAAAGACUAUCCAAAUGGGCCUCCAGAGGAGGAGAGCGACAUAGAAGACCCGCCAUAUUUGAAUCUGGAAGAUGUCAUGGUAACAACAAAGAAACGGAAGGGAGACAAACGAAGAAAGAAAGAGAAGGUGAAAAAGAAGAAGAAGGAAAAGGAGAAAAAGGCAAGAAGAAAGAGAAAAGCAGAGGUUGAUGCAGCAGACGAAGAAGAGGAAGAAGCUGGAGAUAUUUCAGAGGAAGAGGAAGAAGAUGAAGAGUAUGAACCUCCAAGAAAGGCCACCAAGAGAGAGAAGAAGACCCCAGGCAGGAAAGGGAAGAGAAAGAAGGUGGAUGACGUGGAUGUUAGCAGCUCCAACGCUGACCUGGAGGAGGUUGAGACACCAGAGGAUGCCAAUCUAGUCACAUCUAGUGAAGAUAAAGUUCCCCCCGUCUCCAGCUCUCUUAUAAAGAAACAAACAGCAGGCAGCAAGUCCCCAGUGAAAGGCACCCAGACGGAGAGUGAGGUGACGCCCUCUAAUGGAUGUAAUUGUGAGGAGAAGUAUGCCAAAAUCAUGAAGGACACGCGGGAUCAGCUGGAGAAAAAACACAAGGAAGAGAAAGAAAGAGUGAAAAAAGAUUUGUCUGAGAAGAUGCAGAAAGAGUUUGAAGAGGACAAGCAGCAGGCGGUGUCGCGGGCUGUGGCAAAUAACCAGCGUGAAAUAGAGCGUGUUCGCAAGCAGACUGAGGAGAAAUGUCGCGAGCAGUACAUGGAGGAAAUGAAGAAACUGGCCCAGAAACACAAGGAGGCCAUCUCAGCAGUGAAGAAAAAACAAUGGUGUUACAACUGCGAGGAGGAAGCCAUGUACCACUGCUGCUGGAACACCUCGUACUGCAGCAUCAAGUGUCAGCAGGAACACUGGCAUAAGGAACACAAGAAAGUCUGCAGGAGGAAGAGAUAGAGAUGAGAGCACAGUAUAUACAUGUAUAUUCCUUCAAAAUGGGGCAGGUUAUAUAACCUUGUUAAUAUAGCCGUCUGGGAUACAUAUUGUAGUGUGUCUUCUCUCUCUUUAGUAUAUAUAAUAAAUAUAUGGUUUGUACAUGUGUAGUAGGUUCAGUGAGGAGGUUCGGACAGCUUAACAGGUCUGCUGGAAGACGGAUAGAGUUACUUGAGAACAGUUUUGAAAUGUGGAAGACAUGUUUUGAUCUCUUGCCGGACUUUUGGAGACAGUCAGCUUUUAUAGCAGGCCCUGCUCCUGAGAUACUGAUAGAACUGAGUCAAAGUUCCAGGCAGAUAACAGAUGCUGUCAUGAGUAGGUCAGAUUUUGGCCUCUAAGAAAGUGGAUACUAGGAGAUGUGGUAUACUGGAAAGUAAAUCAGUUUAUAUGCACUACACCCACACAAAAACCCUCUAAGUGAAACUACAGUAUAUAUAUAUUUAUAGGUCUGGAGGAUCCUUUUUGCAACCAUAUUGGCAUAUAUAUGUGUCACAUACAAACACACAUACACACAUCUGUAUAUUUUUUAGUAUUUUUAGAUGCCCAGAUAUAGGCUUCUGUAUAUACAUAUAUAUAUAUAUAUUUGAGCUUCAUGCCUGACCAUGGUAUUUGGUGAUACACGUUCUGGGUCAGCAGGCACUGAAUUAGCCCCAACUUGAAUCUGGUUCCUCUCUACCCAAUGAUGUAGGUCACUGUGUAAUAUAUGUUCUAUAUGUUCUAUGGAGGCAAAACCUGAACUGUAUAGCUGAUACACCAUGUGACAUCAUUGUCCCGGUAUGGGAUGCAUUACAACAUGCAGUGACUGGGAAACUGAAUGCAUUGUUGGCUGCAUUCACAUCAGGAUUUUCCUAGACUAUAAUCAGAGACCAGUUGAUGUCAUCUGAUGACCAGAUUACAAGGAUAUAUCUGACUGCUGUAUAUCCCAUUUUAACCAAUCUUGCUGGUUAUCUUGUGGUGUUAUCGUUGCUGGUGUUAAGUCAGUCCUUAUUUCAACUGGUCAUGUAUUUUGUAGUUUAUUGCUCAUGUGGCUUUACAAGGGCACAUUUCAAGAUGUCCCAUGACAUGCCAUGACAUCACCUGUCAUGUCAUGGAGUCGCGUCGUGCAUUUUAGGUUACUUGUCCUAAUGGCCAGUGCUCUGUCAGUCCAGGGCCAUAGCAUUCAUUUAGCUUGCUGCUUAUGAAGAAGUUUUUAGGCAAAUGGAUAAUUUUAAUGGCCUUUUAAUUGUUUUAGGAAAACUUUUUACAGCAGGUCCGUGGUUUUUAUAAUUUUAAGUUUACUGACAUGUUAAGGCUUGAUUUUAUUAACUUUUUACUUGAGUCUCAUUUGAUUUUAAAAUCAUUAUUUGGGUAACGAGACAAGAUAUCUGUAAAAGAAACUUUAAGUUUUCUUCCCUUCACAGUCAUUCAAUGGGUAUGACCAUGUAACAAAUGAA